AUGGCUGCAGAGAACCCCGUGGAAAGUCUCCAGGAGGAAGCUACAUGUCCCGUCUGUCUGGAGCAUUUCACAGAACCUGUCAUUCUGGAGUGUGGGCACAAUUUCUGCCGAGCCUGCAUCAGCCAGUGCUGGGAGGGAUCUGAUACAGCCGCCUCCUGCCCUCAGUGCAGAGAAACUGUGCAACAGAGAAACCUCAGGCCCAACAGGCAGCUGGCAAAUGUCGUAGAAAUCACCAAGCGGUUGAGUUUACAGGCAGCAAAGGGAGCAGGAGGGGACGGGGUGUGCGGGGAACACCAGGAGGCUCUGAAACUGUUCUGUGAAGAGGAUCAAAGCCCCAUCUGUGUGGUGUGCGACAGAUCCCGGGCUCACCGCGCUCACACGGUGGUUCCCAUCCAGGAGGCUGCCCAGGAGUACAAGGAAAGAAUCCAGGCCCACUUGAAAACUCUGAGGGAAGAGAGAGAAAAGCUGCUGGGACUGAAAGCGACUGGAGAGGGGAAUAGCCAGGAGUAUCUGCUCUCCAUGAAAGGACUCCAGGCUCCAUCUAUGUCCCUGACCAGCCCUUGCCCUAUUUUCAUGCAGAAGCAAACACAAACCGAGAGGCAGAAGAUUGUGUCCGAAUUUCAGGAACUGCGGGAGUUCCUGGAGGAACAAGAGCGACUCCUGCUGGCCCAGCUGGAGAAGCUGGAUGAGGAGAUUGUGAGGAUCCAGAAUGAAAAUGUCAGUAAACUCUCCGAGCAGAUUUCCCGUCUCAGUGACCUGAUCUGUGAGAUGGAGGGGAAGUGUCAGAAGCCAGCGAGUGAAUUCCUGCAGGAUAUUAGAAGGACCUUGAGCAGGUGUGAGAAGGGGAAGUUCCAGGAGCCAGAGGAGAUUUCUCCUGAACUGGAAGAGCGAGUCAGUGAUUUCUCCCACAAAACGAUUGUGCUAUUGGAGACUAUGGGGAAGUUCAAAGACACUUUGCCGUCUGCACUAGAGACAAAAAAAGGAGGAUCCCUAGGAACAUUCAGACAGGUGAAUGUAACUCUGGUUCCAGACACGGCUCAUCCCAACCUCAUCCUGUCUGAGGAUCGGAAACGUGUGAGAUGGGGAGACACACGGCAGCGACUGCCCAACAACCCUGAGAGAUUUGACACUUGGCCCUGUGUGCUGGGCUGUGAGGGAUUCACCUCGGGGAGACAUUGCUGGGAGGUGGAGGUGAUGGAUGGGGGAUACUGGGCUGUGGGGGUGGCCAGAGCGUCUGUGAGGAGGAAGGGACGGAUCAGCCUCAGCCCUGAGGGGGGGAUCUGGGCUGUGCAGUGGUGCUGCGGGGGUCAGUUCUGGGCUCUCACCUCCCCUGGGACCCCCCUGCCCCUGAGCCGGGCCCCCAGCAGGAUCUGGGUUUGUCUGGACUGUGACCGGGGGCAGGUGACAUUUAUCGAUGCUGGUGACGAGGCCCCGAUCUUCACUUUCCCGCCGGGCUCCGUCCCUAGGGAGAGAAUUCGACCUUGGCUCUGGGUGGGGCAGGGAUCCCAGCUCCGACUGUGUCCCUGAGACACACAGGGGCUGGGGGUGUGUGUGAUGGAAAUCAACCUCUCUAGCCUCACACACCUGAAUCUCUAUGACCUUGGAGGACUCCUGUUUAUCCAGAACCUGGCUCCUCAUCUCUAUGACCUGUGGAAGCCCCUCCCCUUCCCUGCCGCCCCUGGGAGGGAGGAGGAGGGAAAAGAACC